AUGACCUUUGAUGACAUCGUUUCUCCUAGAACCCUCUUCAACUCUAUCCUCAACGACGAGAUUGUGAAGGCUGCAUACAAGCAGUGCAAGAGUCAGCCGGUCAAGUGCGCCAACGAGAUUCUUCCUCGACACCCCCUUUGGUACACCCGCCGGACUGGAAUCCAGAACUUGUUUGCGGGCCUUAGACUCCCCAACGUCCAGACCAAGGACGACGGGUAUGUCAAGCACUACACGAGCUCUACUAGAGAGAGAAAUGGAUCUCGAUACACCCUAGAGUGGGCAGAGCAAAGGGGCAACCACAUCAUGGUGGUGAGCCGUCUGGAGACUCGACUCCCUCAUCGCGAAGCCCCCAAGCGUAAAGCAGUCAACGCCGACUAUGGUAUGCGCCACGAAAUCAGCCAGCGGAUGAAGGAGGUCCAGCGUGGCAUCCUCCGAGGAAAGCACCUCAAUCGUGUCUUUUACGUCGUCGGGAUCAAGGACACGCCGGAGGAGACUAUCUGGUACCUCGCUCGAAGGGUUCUUCAGAGUAUGAGGACCUUCAAGUCUCCUCUGACUCUGACGGAAAAGGCGCGAGAGCAGUGGAAGGUUGAGCAGGAGAAGUACGCCGAGAAGCAACAGUACAAGUGGAAGCAUCUCACACCCGAGAGCAGCAAGAACCGAUAG